GUGCUUCAAUAAGAGAACACGAUCAAAAAAGGUGUUGAAACGUGAAGAUUUGUAGUAAACUGCAAAGAAAUGGAGCGAAAAUCACUUAUUGUUCUGUGCAUCAUCGCAACGAGUAUCGCUGUUUGCAGUGCUCUGAAAGCUAACGUGAAUACAAAGCCGGAAGUAGCUAAUUCCAGGAUUGUCGCGAACGGAAAUAUAGAGCACCUACCGAAAGAAGCCGUAGCUUCUUCUUCCCAACAUAGGUCAGCUCCCAACGAGAAACGCAAGAAAAGAGCGAUCAUAUUCCGCCCACUCUUCGUCUAUCGUCAGCAAGAGAUUAAGAAGCAGAAACUUCACGAAAUGCGACAACAGCAGCAGCAGCAGCAGCUAUCAGCCCAAACGAACAAACAAAAUGCAUGCAUAGGUACACCUAUGCCCGUGAGAUUCUACGCCCAAAGUUACCCUUACCAGCAGGGAUGAGGAGCGAAUAAAGGAAAAAAAACUGAAUCUUGCGAAUCAUGACCAACAAGAUCGUCGUUAUCGUCUGCCGUCUGCCGUCUGCCACAAUGCGGCUCACAGUUAGGUGAUAAAAGGAGCCCAAAGACGGCAGCUAUUUUGGCGAUUGCGUUGUAUUUUCUGUUUAAUGGACAAAUAUUAUUGAAA